UGCUACUGCCGCCGCUUCCUGAUUGGCUGUUGGUGGCUACUUCUUCGUUCUGAUUGGCAGCGAGUGAGCAGGAGGAUGCUGAGCAAGGGUCUGAAGCGCAAGCGAGAGGAGGAGGAGAAGGAACCUCUGGCAGUCAACGCCUGGUGGCUGGAUCCUGGCCACCCAGCAGUGGCACAGGCACCUCCGGCUGUGGCCUCGAACUCUCUCUUUGACCUUUCGGUUCUCAAGCUCCACCAUAGCCUGCAGCAGAGUGAGCCGGACCUGCGGCACCUGGUGCUGGUGGUGAACACACUACGGCGCAUCCAGGCAUCCAUGGCACCCACAGCUGCCCUGCCACCUGUGCCCAGUCCACCGGCAGCCCCCAGCGUGACUGAUAACCUUCUGGCAAGCUCGGAUGCUGCCCUCUCAGCCUCCAUGGCUAGCCUCCUAGAAGACCUCAGCCACAUCGAGGGCCUGAGUCAGGCCCCCCAACCCCUGGCGGACGAGGGGCCACCAGGACGCACCAUUGGGGGAGCCCCGCCCAGCCUGGGUGCCUUGGACCUGCUAGGCCCAGCCACUGGCUGUCUACUGGACGAUGGGCUCGAGGGCCUGUUUGAGGACAUUGACACCUCUAUGUAUGACAGUGAACUUUGGGCACCAGCAUCUGAGGGCCUCAAGCCCGGCCCUGAGGAUGGUCCGGGCAAGGAGGAAGCUCCGGAGCUGGACGAAGCUGAGCUGGACUACCUCAUGGACGUGCUGGUGGGCACACAGGCGCUGGAGCGGCCACCGGGGCCAGGCCGCUGACCCCUAGGGCUGGGAUGGUUGUCUGGUGUCUGAACUGAGCCUGGUGGCUGGACCAACUCUCCCUGGAAAGACACAGCUGGCUCCCCUAGUACAGAGAAUGGGGCUUGGGCCACUUUGGAGAGACAGCAUCCAGUCUUGGGUAACCUCAUAUCCGUCCUCUUGUCUUGGGGCUAGUGGGAGAGUCUGGGGUUAGCCCCUAGAGAUGAUAUGACCGGGUCUGGUGGCUGGAAUAUGAUUGGCCCCAUGCUGAACUGAAUCCCCUGGGGUCAUAGCCUGGGCUGUUCCUUUUCUGAUGGGGGAAGAAAUCCCACUCUUUUUUUUUUUUUUUUAAAUUAAAACCAGUCCUGGGAAAUCUCAA